CUACUCCUCAAAUAGCUUCGAGGUCAUCCAGGCUUUGGUGUUGUUGCGAUAGAACACGCCUGACAAAAAGUCGACCACCCUUGAAGCCCAUCUCGGCUUCACGGCCUUGCCAAUAACGAGGAGUGGCAGCUUUUCUGUCCCUGCCAUGUUGGCUGCAAAUGCAACCGAUAGUCUGUCCUUCGCUUGUUUUCCGCCUGUGCACGUUUCCCCUUUAAAAGUUAAGUUCGGUUCGGCAACAUCUAAAAAAAAGUGCCAAUUCGUUCAUGUUAAAUGUCUUCUGGGGAAUACUCUCGCAAGAUAUGUUGCAGCUUGCCGAUGGCCGUCUUCUUCGCCGCUUUUCUCCCCCGCUGCACCUUCACUAGAAGCAACCUUUGCUGUUAAGUUGCACCGCGUCUUGAAUCUAGCAAGCCAGCCACUGCUGCAAACAAAACUGUCGUGGAACAUCUGUGUGGCGAAGCACAGCGCCUUUUUGGUGAGAAGGGGUCCAGUCACAAGCAAGUUUUUUGCCCUCACAUUUUUCAGCCAACGCACCAAAGCCUCGUCGAUGUCUGCGUAACUUGAGCCCCUUAAACGGCAAUGCUUGAGGUUGGACGGUGCACCAUUCAGCACCUUCUCUCGCGCUGUCUAAAUGCCAGAAACAGUACUCAGCGGCAGGCCUUUCUCGCGUGCCAACACGGACUAUUUUGCUCCACGUUGGAUGGCAAUGAUUAUCUCCAGUUUUUCUUUGAUACUUAUCACGCGAUGCUUCACUUGCCUGUUCAUCUCAGCCAUAUGGCUAAGAAACAGUGGUGUUCUCAGCCUAAUGGCUAAGAGUGGCGGUGUUCUCAGCCGUAUGGCUAAGAAAGGCAUUAUCUCAGCCAUGUGGUUAAGAAAAAGUGGUGUUCUCCGACAUUGUGCGGUCUUGUCACAAUCACACCGCGUCCGGAGAUCACUGUCGCGAAGUUCAGGCAGUCCUGUCAUGAUCACGCCGCGUCCUCAAAUCACUGUCGCUAAGUUCAGCACACGUGCAAUAUGGCUGGCGAAGAAAACUACUGCACACAUGUGCGCACAUCCACGGCUGCUCCGACUGCUCUUGCCGGCAACAGUGUCAUGCAGGAUCUCGCAAGAGCACUCGCAGACAACGGGAUCUCGCUAGGUCGCUCUGCCGUGGCCUCCAAGAUACUAGUCGGAGAUUGUGCGCGGUGCGGCUUGGAGGCUAGGCUCCGCGAUGGCCACGGAGAUUCGUGCGUACGCAUGCAAUGCGUAGCUCGUGCUUGGCAUGAUCCAUGCAGAAUCGGUUGGCCGAAGGAGCGCGAGACUGCAACUGAGGAGCAUGAUGGGCAUACGACAAGUCAAUAGUACGCAUUAACCGACAGGUACACGAUGUACCGCUACGGCUUAAGCGGGUACUAAACGCAUUAAAUUAACGGUAACUGAGUCGAGGAUUCGUCUCAACUACAUUUAAUAAGGAACUACGGCUUAAGAGGGUACGGUUUAACGAGGUUCCACUGCAUACUGAAACUAAAUUGAUACUCGGGCCUUAGUGUGCUGCACUCGAUUAUAGUACGAGUGUUUUCAUAUUUCAAGAUCAAUGAAAUACUCAGUUUUGGAAAGUCAAGACUGCUGUGCACACAAGAAUUCAAGUGAAGAAGGACAUGCGGUUAGCUCGGUUGACAGGUGAACCCUCACAUGGUGUCAAGAGACACAGGACACUUGUGCACAUUCUGAAAUUAAAAUUGUGAGGAGAAUGUGGCCCGAAAAUAUGCGUCCAGUUCUUGAAAAGUGUUGGACAACUUGCAUAAAUUUUGUACAACAGCGUCCAGUCACCAGCAUACAUUGGGGGGCCAUCAAAGCUUCAAAGGGUGACUGCAUAGCUCCUGAACCCAAAGCCAACACACUUUUUCAUGAGGCUGCCACGGACAUUAGAAGACCACAGCAUGUAAAAUGCCAGUGAAUGGGAGUGGAUUGUUUGUUAUAUUCGGUGUAAUGUCUGGGAGUGGAGAAAACUACCAGUCACAAAUGAGCAAUUUCACUUGAUAGUGACGGGAUUCAAACCUCCUCCUGCGGUGCACUUGCUUGGAACCGGUGCAGGCAUUCUCCUCGCACGCGGCAAGUUAGCAGGUGUGAACAGAUUCAACCCUUGAGGUUGUAUUGAUUAGUUAAACGGGCAGCCUUUCCCACGUGUGGGCCUAUGUACAGUUUCCAAGAGGCCUAUGAGAAACAGUCCGUUUUGACUCAGAUCUAAGGCACAUCCGGGAAUGUUUUAUUUUUCGUACAGUCCAGACACAGGGUCGACGUUUAUCCAGAUAACAGUUAUCCCGUGCACCUCACUGACAGGUUUACUAGCAAACCAGCGUUUGUCUAUGGUGCCACAUGGCCUACGGCUCCUGAGAAUUUGGUUGCUUCGCGUGCGAUUUUGAGGGCUGGCGCCAUAAUACCGAUGUUUUUCUGUGUCAGCAGCUUAUUGCUGCAGCUGCACUUGCAUGCUGCUUCUUUGAACUUCUGAAAAAUAUACUAGGUAGCGUGACCCUCGCCAGUUUGUUUUGUAGAUUGUGUAAUUUGGGUGAGGAUUCUGCACUGACAAACUGUGUUAAAAAAGUGUUCUUAGAUGGUUGGUUGGUUGGUCAACUGACCAAUCAUGCACGGAAGUUCUAACAAACUUAAAGGGACACUAAAGGCAAAUACUAAGUCAAGCUAAAGUGACAGAGUAGUGCUCGAGUAUCUCUAAGGCAUCAAUAUUAUCGCGACAGAGCCUUAGUAAUUGAGAAACUGAGGUAAAUGCUGGACACGAUUAGAGACUCCCCCGGCACAUUCAAGUACUUGUCCAAUUACGAAGGCACUCCUCAUUUAAUUUCUGUCACUAGUACCCAACCACUCGUAAAACAUCAUUGUAUUGUACUAGUAUAAAACGAAAGAAAAUGAUACUUCACCAGUUCUAUUUCAUUUUUAGAAACAAGAACUAAUUGAUAUUACACCGUUGACAACUACGCGGGCAGUCUCAAGGUUUUGUUCUCGCUCGACUCUGUGCUGUCCACGCAUUCGCGUUUCGGCAGUUCCAUUAUCGCGUAGUGCUGCGCUGGUUUUGCUGGCUCGCACACCUCGCACAAACUGCAAGUAGCAAAGAAUUCCAUUUCCAUGUGAUGUCACAGGAUGCAGGAACGGUCCACGCCACUUGACCAAAAGCAGCUGCAGCGGUUAAGCCCCCUCAUGCAGCGGCGCAUUGUACCGUCCCCUGUCAGGUGCCAUUUUACUCCCCGACGGCAUCAAAAGGCAUUGAUUGCGUAUGCAAUGUCACCACUCCUCGGUUGGCGGGGCGGGAGAUUUGAAUUUCCAUAAAAGUAUUCGGACCCUUCAGAUGAAAUUUUCUCGUAAAACAGGCGUUGCCAGGUUACUGGAAUGGUAUAUAAACUCAAUAAACAGGUUCAAUAAAGGUUCAAUAACCAGGUUCAAUAAACAGUCCACGAAGGUUCAAUAAACAGUCCACGUCGACUUAGUAUUUGCCUUUAGUGUCCCUUUAAGGAUUGGUGAACUGAUUGUCCCGUCAUAAAACAAACCAACAAUGUAAGCAUCUGGGCAGGGCGUUAGGUCUAGAAAAUGCAGCUCCAGCGUUCCAAUUGUGGUUGUGAACCCGACUUCGGGAGCUAAGAAGCACCAUCGGCUCUGCUGAGAUAGGGUUUCCCUAUGCUGUCUAAACCAAUGUUGUAACUGUUUGUAACCGAUGUAACACUGUAACCAUGCAACCUGGUAACCAAGCUUUGUAAAGUUUUUGUAAGUACAAGUUUUGUUCAUCCAUACAUCAGCAUCUGCGUCCUUCAAACCUGAGUCAUCCGUUAACCAACCUGUGCAGAAAAUAACACAUCAUCGCAAUCACUUUACUGUGCUCUACCAGAGAUGCAGCCUUUUUUAUUAGAAAGAAAAGGGGGGAAUACCCGAGGCAUCUUUCUUUUCUUCGGGAAUUGAACAAGGGAGGUGUGGUGCACAGCGAGAACAGACCUUUCUCAGAGAUUAAAUGCCUUCAGUGGCGGGAAUGCUCUUGAGCAUUUUCGAGCAACGACUGGAGCAGGCAGAAUCUACUUUUGAAGCACCUGCUCCUGUGUUUAGAGCUGGUGUAAACUUUCUACGAAAGCACACACAAAAAUCUAAAUAUAGUCUAGUGUUCUCUUUAGUUAUCAUAAGCAUUUCCUCAUAAGAACUAGAAGCAAAAUAAGUGAUUCACAACAGCGCAUCACGACUGCAGCAGCGCCUACACUAUUGACAUGCUACCGGCUGCACCGUACGAAAUCACACCAGUUAAGGAAUAUUAAAGGGACACUAUAACGAGAAACACUAAAUCAGUUUAGUCUGAUUAAACAUUCUUUCAAACCGCCAUUUUCUUCAAUUUUACAAUAACAGGUAGAUUAUUAAAUGAAGGCUAUUAUAUUUUGCACUGACACACCAGCACCAGUGUGAUGUCGCGGACUUUAAGGUAUUUUUUUUUUCGUAUUUAGGCUGUUGAAGGCUGGUAAAAAUCUUUCCAAGUAGUCUCCCGCUCUUCUAGAAUAGAAGGUAGUAGAACUUCAACGAUGAACAGUUACCUAAACCUGAGCGAUCGCCGUCAAAAUCUAUCAUGUCACAACGAGCUGGGGGGGGAACUCCAUGGCAGGGUUCGCCAGCCGACUUUUAUUCUUGCGUCUUUUCUGGCUUAUCAAACCUCUUUUGACAGUAAGAGGGGCUCAUUUGUAAUUCAGAUAGGUAAUUUGCUAGUGCACCUGAGAUUUUUCUUUGUAGUGUCCCUUUAGGCUAGGACCACUUCAGAAGUUUGAUAUAGUAUUCUGCACAUUCCGAUUUUAUUUUAUGAACCAUUAUCAGUGGUGCAAGCAUGUGAUGUUCUUUAUUUUGCCACUGAUAUACACUUGCGGGACAAGGCAUAUAGAGCUGUGCCAUUUGCUCAUCCGCGUUAUACUUUUUACCACGAGCUACACUAAAGACAUUGUUGACAAACACCAUGAACCGUGGUCUAGCACACAAUCACGAUGCGUGUGAUUAUAAUGUGCAAUGCUAUAUUCAAGGACCUCAAAGUCCUUUGAAAAAAAAAAAGUAAUACAGUGCAACAAAUAAAGUUGUAACAAAGCAACAGGUAUAAGUGCAGAAUGAUUACCUUAUUUUGUCUAUAGAGCUCCGUCAUGCAUCAUCAGCCUUAAACACAUAAAACUAUUGUGUUGAUCAUGAAGCCACAAAGCCAGAAUCGCUACACAACUCACUGUAGCCUCACGGUUGGUACCUAAAAAAAGAAAUCGAUUCGAUUUUGUCGCAUGUCACAAUGGCAGUCAUGCUGCCAGUUUUUUUCUGGCAUUAACGCCAUGAACGAAUGCAGCCAAUGAAUGCAGUGGCGCCACGCAUUGUACUAUGGUCAUCAUCACUUGGUGCGGGAUGCAUUCUUUUUUCUUUUUCUUGUUGUUCCGGCUGUUCCGGUCGCCAUUUCGCACGUGGUGUGUUAACUGUGAAGUGUGUUCGAGAAGUGUGCAUCUUUCUGCGUGUGCGUGUGGCUUCAAAUUUUGCGUGUUCAGUGCCAUGGCAAAGAAACGUGGAAAGUACGCGAUCCUGACGUUGGAAAAAAAAGUGGCAUGUCCUGCAACUGUCGUUUUGUCCACUUCAAGCCGCGUAUCUCCAUCAUGCGAUAAAAGUGAGGAGACGUCUGCCCGCGGCAGCGCACGGGACAGCUUCGCCGUGAAUGUGAAGUCAGUGGUCGCAGCGCGUGCGAUCGGCGUCGGACACGAGCAGCUUGUGCGGUUUUGUGCUAUUCUUGGUGGUCCGAAACCAGUGCAUCACAAGACUUUCACUGCCAUUGGCAAGAAAGUGCAUGUCGCCGCCAUGAAAGCCGCCACCGAGAACUUCGCACGAGCCAGAGAGCUGACGGCUGAAGAGGCUGGAUCUUCGAAAGUAGCCGUCGUGUUCGACGGAACAUGGCAAAAAAGAGGCCACAAAAGCCAUGAUGGUGUCGGUACGGCCAUUUCCCUUGCCACGGGGCUGUGCUUGGACUUUGAGGUGCUGUCCAACUAUUGCAUCAGCUGCAGCAGGCACAAGGCACUGGAGGAUGGAGAAAAGGUAGUCUGGCAGACCUUUCACACACCCGUGUGUGAGAAAUACACGACGUGCUCAGCACAGACAAUGGAGACCGAGGCUGCACUAAGAAUAUGGAAGAAGACAGGCCUCUAUACCGUACCUCUGCAGUUCACAAUAUUUCUCUCUGAUGGGGACAGCAAAGCGUAUACUGCUGUAUCAGAGCUGAAUGUUUAUGAAGGCGUUCCUUGCUAAAGGAGGACUGCACAAACCAUGUUGCCAAAAGACUCGGAACGGCUCUCCGAAAAUUGAAGAUGCCGAGAGGAUAGAGGCUAAAGGACGCAACAAUCCACAAUCUGCAGGGCUACUUUCAGGUUACGAUUACGAGCAACAGAGGCAGUGUUCGGGACAUGUAUUGUGCUGUC